CAUGGGACAUGUCAUUCUUAGCUAAUUUGUUUUUAUCAGCACCUACCCUUAUGGAACUGCUAUUUGAUUUUAGGAUGCAUUACUAAAUCAUCAAAAGUAGGUUCUUAAUUACAACACCGCGUUAGCCGAUGAAGAGUUGAGUAUUGCCAGAGAUCAGGGUGGACCGCCAGAGGUCGAGUAGUACGUGCACAAUGUAAGUGAUCAUGUAAAGUAUGUCACUAGCAUAGAGUUGUCUCGUAUUCAACUUCUUCAACUGUUCAAUGAUAUGUGGAGAGCUCUCUGAGCUGUUCACUGAUAAUUUGAGAAAUCCACGAGGUUGUGGAAUGUCUUGUCAAAGAGCGCACCGUUGUGAGAUGGAUUAUUGUCGAUCUAGGUGAAAGGUCAUAUAUAUAUCUCUCACACACACACACACGCGCGCAUGGACAUAAAUCACACAUCAUGAUUAUUUAUUUACUAAUUUAUUUUGGCUUAGACCGUUUUUCAGCUAGAAUUGGUCGGAUGUUGGUAUCAGUGGUCGUGGAAUCAAGGACUGCUCCCUGGCCUGCGCGAGCGAGCGGCUCAGUGAUGGCGGCUCAUUACAAUGACUGCCUGGCACUGAUGCCGUAACCUGUUGAUAACCACAGUCUGCGAUUCUUUCCACGCAGAAAAUAGUUUCAUUCUGAAAAAAAAGAAAUCAUAGAUUCAUCCCAGAACUUGUGGUGGACCGUCAUGCAUUUUCUAGACGUAGAUUGUCCGUUGUCUUGCAAGUUGUUAUCGGCAGCAGCACCAGCGGCCAGCGGCUCUGCAAGGACUGGGAGGAGAGGUCAGCGGAUGAAUGCUGAGGAAGCUGUUGAUGCGCGCUCGAUCGUCUUGACUUUAGUACAUUGAUCCACAUUCACAAUGCCGAAGAGAAAAGGCCAGGAUGGGGAUGACAUGGAGGGGGAUCAUUCUAUCCCACUCCCCAUCCAAACAUUCUUCUGGCGACAGAUCAGUGCUUUCAUCAGACCAAAGCAAGGAAAACUGUGUGAAGCAUCAUGCGUGUCUUUUGAGCGGGUAGUUGUUCAGAACAUUCUGCAUGGCCUUUCACCCAGUCUUUGUGAAGCCAUCCAGAGUUUAUCACGAUGGAAAGUCAUCCAGGCAUCAUUCCCCCAUCUUAUGCAUGCCUGUGCUUCACUCAUCACUGCAUGCAAGAGAGGUGUAACAGAGAAGUUUGGCAGCAGCGAGACCAAGCUGCUCUACACUUUGCACUGGAUCAUUCUGGAUGCUGCAUCUGAGUGUGCAGAUGUUGAUGCAGACAAGACUGCAUUCAUGGUGGAAGGAGGCAUUAACACUGCCUACCUGCACUCAAUGAGCACUAUUCAGUUGUUUGUGUAUCUCUUUGCUCCAAUUGUUCAUCUGAUGAAACCGUCUGAUUUUGAAUCUCUGAAGCUGGAAAAUGGUCUCAAACUUUGGCAGCCAUUAUGGGACUACCAGCAGCCUGAUAUACCUUGCUUUGCUGCACCUGUUAAACCCCAGAGAAGUAUCUUGAAAGCACAAAGAAAUUUACUGAAGGUUAAUACAAAUGCGGCCAACAUUUAUGUUGGCAAGGGCACUUCCAGAGAAAAUCUGGCUUUUCCAUUUGGAGAAGCAACAAGCCCAAUCAAUGAUGAAGGACACUCCCCUAAUGCUCCCUUGGCCAGAAUGAGUGACAUUUGCACCCUGUCGACAAAUGAGUCACUAACGGCAACUAUGGAAGUAGUAUGUGAACACUGUAGCACUGUGAUGCCUGUUCGCACAAACGAAGGUCCCCUUACUUGUCGGUGUGGCCGCAAGGACACACUUGUGGCCUUUCUGCCAGAUUCCAAGAACUAUGCCUAUCUGAAGUUGACCUCGACUGUAGAUAAAGAUUAUGUGAAGCAGACGCUGGCCAGUGCUGUGGCCAGUGGCACUCGAGCACCAGGUUGUAUGGACAUCCUGAGUGCCAGUUACCUGGAUGUGGCAGUGCUGCGCUGCCUGUUCUGUCUCAGUUGGCAGGAGGAUGGAAUCUACUGGGCACUGCGCUACAUUCACAAACGUAUGCUUGAGGUGUGCGAUGAACUGGAACGAACAGAUCGCCGUGAACGAUCCAGAAGUCUUUCUCUGCCCAUACCAGAUCUACAAGUCCUCCUUGUGCCAAGUGAGAAACAGGAAUCUGCAGAUGACAAGUCCCAUUCUUUGACAAGUUCAGGGCUGUUUGUGGACUCGAGACCAACUUCACCAUAUCAGGCACACCAACCUGAUAUCCAAGCAUCAGGCGGUAGUGCUGCAGCUGCAGUUUCCAGCAUGCCAGAGUACAGAAAAGAGCCUCCUUUUAAAAAGAUCCAUGUCACAGAACUGAAGCAAUUCUUUGAAUCAGGAAGGACAUUCAGGAAGAAAGACAGUGUGUUACUAGAAAAAGCUUCAGUGCAAGCAUCUAAAAUGACGAAGCUUGAAGAUCGAGGACAUCUUCGUGGAAGUAGAGAUGACACAUUCAGCACUUCAUCGGCUUCUCCUCGAGAUAUUGAUGUUGAUGUUACCAGACCCAGCUCAGCCAUGGCUAGCUACAGUAGCACUGUAAAAGAGUAUGGUGACAAGAUUGGAAUAGGUGAACAGCGCAUGAGCUUACCAAUGCUUUCUCAGAUUGACAAAGAAUCUGUGGAAAGCAGCAGUCAACAGAGUGGUCAAGACUCCAGUGGAUCAUCUCAGGCUGAAAUACGCACUGAUUCUCGACAAAAACCAAUCAUCAAGAUAACAGAGCAUAGCCCAGAGCCUCGACAGACUUUAGGCUCCAACUACCAGCUGUCAUCUAUUUUGCAGGACACUGAUGAUGACAUUCAGGGGGCCUCUUCUCAGCUGCCUCGCAGCUUCACGGACUCGAACAUAAAAUAUCAGGGGGAGAAAGAGACGAACGAAGUGGCAGGAUCAAAAUACUACAUCCAGGAGAAUGGACAUUUGAACUACAUGGUGGUAUUGCGUGCUGUUCACUUUGUAUCCAUGAGCAAUCAUGUGCCUCGCAUCAGUGAGGUGCUGCUCAACAUCCUCAACUGUCUACUUGAUCUGAACAUUAUUGAGACACAGUCCAAGUCACCACAGAGCGAGAAGGUGUUUUUUCCAGCAACCAGUCCUUCUUCUGGUGGCACAGACAGUACAACAGGUGGAGCACCAAACAUGAGCUUAGAUAAUGACAGCAAGAAAGAUGGCAUCACAGCUCAUAGUUUGGCCAUGGAUAGCUUAUUAAGAAUAUACAAGAGCCUAGGCUGCCCUCAGGGGUGUGGUGAUGGAGUGACAGGGCCACAGGGAGACCACCUCCGGCUCAAGGGACAGAACUGCCUGCAGCACCUCCAUCGACUCAAUCCCACUCUGUUUCACAAAUUUUUCCGUGACACACUACGACGCAGACCUCUCCAGGAAAUAAUAGAGUUCCUGCAUGCCUUCCUAGGCUUCUGUGUAGAUCCUGUCCAAACAGCACAUUCUCCUCAAGCACCUAAGAAAUCUGCCUCUCAGGAGACUUUACCACGCAAUGGAUAUGCCAAUAACUUUGGACACAGUGUUGGAGGAGAAGGUUAUCGUGGUGUUGAAGGAGUCCUCAUUGCUAACUUAACUAAGCCUCUUAUUUCUCGCUGUGUUGCCUGCACUAAAGAACUCUCCAGCAAUGACAACAUUAGUUUGUUUUGUGAUGUGCGACAGCUAAUGGCAUACAUCAAGGAAAUUCAUGGUGGUACUUACCGUCGUGUAGCAUUAAGUGGCCUGCUUGAUUCGCUUCAGAAACUAAAGAGAGAAGUCAGCCAGAAAAAGGAACACAGACCCAAAACCAGUACACCAAUCAGGAGAACUACCUCAGUGACAUCAGAGAGUGGGGAUGAGAGAGAACGACAGCGAUCACCAGGCAUCACUAGUCAGGAAGAGGCUCAUCAAUCUCACCAGUCUCACCAGUCUCACCAGUCUCACAGCCAAAGCAGUGGCAAUAAGACACGACGAUCCAUUUUUCGCAAAAGACUGGCAAAGUCCAUCAUGUUCCAGUAUGCUGCCAGUGAUUCUGAAGUUCCAGAUGACAGCGGCCCUGGUAGCCACGGGAAACUAAGCCCACGAACAAGCAUAUCUGCAGCUGAAGAUGACCCUCCCUCUGGCACCACAACACCUCGUCGCCGCUUUAGCAAGUUUAACAUCGGAUGGCGUCGGCAGACAAAGUCCGACCAGGAGGAAGAUCAGAGCAGCGAUGGGACUGGACUAGAUCGACGAGAAAGCAAGAGUGACCUUCAGGUUUACCGCUCUAGGGGCCGCAUGUCCUUCCGCACAGCUAGUCAUGCUACACUCAGCUUUCUCUCUGCUCGCAAGCGGAUAGAAGAUGGUUUUAAGACCUUUGGAAAGAAGAUGGCGAACAGAGGUAGCAUAGAUGACAUUCACCAGCCUAAAUCAAGUGGAGCUGGGGAGGGAUGUCCAGAGCUGGUGAUGGUACGAGAAAAAAAGCUUGUGGAUAAAUACCUGGUCAAGUCUGGCAUGCUUCGAUUUUCUUUCCUCAUGGAGUGCUGUCACCCUGGGACCUUCCCAGACUCACAGCUAGUGGCCGCCAUGCUGGAUUUGGAGGCACCAGUUGUUUCCCGUGCUGCAGUCCUGCUGGAAUGUGCACACUUCAUUCAUCGCUGUAACCGUGGAGACUGGCCUGUGUGGAUGCGGCAUAAUUUACCUAGCUUUCGGCACAAUGUAAAUGCAUUACAGAACCGGGGUCAGCCAUCAGGUUAUCGGCGCAAUCUUGCAAUGCAGAGAGCAGCUGGGCGUUUGUUUUAUUCAUGGGCAGAGAAUCUUGGCCUUCAGCUAGAAUACAUCUUAGCCAGAGAGCAUGCUGAUCGUCUGUCUGUCAUCAACGAUGUAAAGGAUGAAAACAGACGUAGAGAACUGCGUGCAGAAGAUGAAGAGGAAGAUUUCUUGGAUGAAGCAACCAUAAAUCCACGUGGCACAGACUGUCCAUAUGCACUGAAGAUGUUGGCUUGUCUUGUACUCUUGGAAAUAACAACUUUCAUGAGAGAGACCUUCCAGUACCUACCGCGGUGCCGCCAGCAGAAACGAGAGCAAGGCUGGGAGAAGAAUACAGCCCCUCGCCGUUUUAGCAGCAUUGUCAGCAGUCCUGGCCACUCGGACAAAAGUUCCGAGUCCAACAUUGGAGAGCUCCCCUCAGGAAUGAGUGGAGUUGGAAGUCCUGUAGAUCGCAAGAUCAGCUUUGCAGUGUUGACGGAGCGCUCUGACUCCUUUCACAGUAGCACAACAUCUCUGUCAGCUAUGGAUCCAAGCACUGUCCUUGCUGAAGACAAAAAGGACCCAAGAGGUCGCCGGCUAGCACAGGGGCGACAAAAAUUGCUACGCCAUUUCAGACGAGGAUCGGGUCACAACCUGAGUUUUAGACACAACCGUAGCUUCAAACUGAUGCGACCUGAUGGAGGUGGAGGGAGCAUCAAACAGUUGAGCUCAACACGGUCCAGGAAAAUCAGCAGCCACUCAUUGCAGUCAGAUGCAAAGUUUGUAGAGGAAGAGGCAGCUGCCCCAGCACUAUCUGAAGAUGCUGAGUCUGUCACAAUGAUGAGUGAUGAAACGCAGGAGUCGCCUGUAGAUCGUGACUUGGAAAUUGAAGAUGAGCACUUGUGCUCUUCUUUACCAUGGAUCAAGGUUGUGGUUCAGCUUGCUAACUUGUCUAACUUCAUAUGUACCCAUGAGGGGUAUUGCCACCCAAACUGCUAUGAACGACAACGUCGCAGCUGUCAGCGUCUAACAACAGCCAUACGUAAGGUCUAUGAGGCCACAGCGACCACCCAACAAGAGGAUGGUCGGCAAAGCUCAGCCCCAAAGGACAUGCUGAAAGACAAACUUAAGCGGCGGCAGGAUUCUAUCUUUAUGGUAACAUCACCUACAAAACGAAGAGAGAGUACUCCUUUGCUAGAGAAGAUAAAGACAGACGUUUCCAUGACAAAACUAAAACUGAGUUCCUCAUGGAAAAAAGAAGAAAAAACCCGGGAGAUUCGUGAUGAGACACCGAUUGUAAAAUACUUGACAUCACAGGCUCAGAGACUAACACAGUGCCCAAUGGCCAUAUUGACAAAGGCAGCCCCAGUGCUUCAGGUGGAGAACUUUGUAGACAUUAUGCCUGUGGCAUGGGAGCUGCUUCUGGAGACAGACCAAGAGCUUGCUGCUGCAGCAGCCUCUGUGUUCCUGCUGUCUUCUGUGAAGUCACCUGACAAAGCCAGAAACACUAUCAUCAAAGAAUUGCAACAUGAAGAGACCUGCCAACGUAUUAAUGCCAUUCUCAGAUUUGGAGUCUUAUGGAAGUUCCGGUUCCAAGUGUGGCCUCGGAUGGAGUGUGAUGCAAACUUGUACUUCAAGUUGCCCCCACCCAGCAUAGACUUCACUCUGCCAUCACCAACCAUCGGUCUACCCAGGUCAAGUCUCACAGUCAUUGAUCCACCCUGGAUGCCGCAUUUUAAAACAAAAAUUGAGGAGGUGACUGUGAAUCAGGAAGAAACGAAAUCCCUUGUGACGGCCACAACAACACGUCGCAAACAGCAGCAAGAAAUGAUCAGACGAGCUUUGCAGGCAGAAGAAGAGCGGAAACGCAUUGGGCGGGAGAAUUUUCCUAUGACUACAGUACCUGUGACACAGCUGGCUGCCUAUGAACCAGCACUUCAUUCAGGAGUUGAGGAGCAUGAGGAAGCGACGCAAGAGGAGUUAAACUUGGCUGCUCGACGCGUCUCACUCGCUCCAAUCAAUCGCGCUAAUAUCCAAAGUCGUAGCAUGUCUUGGCGAAACGGUAGCUUGCAUUGGGGCAGGCUCGGCAAUGAAGGUGAGGAAGAACGUGCAGACCAUUCGCACCAUCUGCAGACAGCACAAGCCUUCUUCCCAUCAUGCAUCUGUGCAGCUGUCUUGCCAGUGCUGCACUUGCUAGAUGACCAUGAUGUCAAUACUGAGGGAGUCUCAGUAUCGGAAGUUGCCAACAAGAUCAUUUGGGACUGCAUUGUGGAUGACCCUAUUCUCUUUCUCCGACACUUCCUGGAAAAGCUUACAAACAAAGAGAGACAGGAGGAGCUGAUAUUCCUGGUGCGUAAGCUGGUGAUUUACUUUCGUCAGCUGCCAGCUCAGACAGCUCACUCCAUCUUUAACUACUUGGUGGGCUUUGUCAUGUUCUAUGUGCGCUCUCCCUGUGAAGGAGGACAAGAUGCUAUAGCUGGAGCAUUAUCCCUCUUGUGGCUGGUGGUUCCCUGUGUUGAAGGUAUUUAUUUCAAGGACCUCAAACAGACGCUGAAGAAGGAGCAGUGCGAUCCUUACCUGUUGGUGUGUGCAAAUGUAGCCAGUGCCAAGAAGAUCCUGGUGCAUGGGCCAGACCUUUCCAGCAUCCCUUCACAGCUUCCUAUCCAUGAGGACACACAGUUCUCACAUAUUCUGCAGGAGAGCCUGGAGUUCUUUAACAUCCCUGAAGACCAACACCAUUGCUAUUUUAUUGCAGACACAAAGACCAAUCAAGUACAUAACCAGAAUGCCUAUGUAAGAGACUUUUACUUCUUCCGGAGGAACAUCUAUCCUCAGCUGAGCCUUGUGCGCAUGGAUCCUGAUGAUGCUGCUUUAGCUCUUCAGAAGCGGGUGUUUUUGCUGAAGUUCAUAGAAAUUGGGAAGGUCUUGCUAACAGAUGCUGUCUUGGCCAACACUUCGAGUCACCAGAACCAUGUUGCAUUUCUUCAUGAAGAAUUUCUAAAACUGCCAGCAUUUCCCCGCAAAGCCCUUGAGACAGAGUUUGACAUGUAUCAAGGACAACUGGGCAAGGAGCUGUUUGGCAUGGACUCACUUCAUAAAUAUGCUUGGACAAAGCUGAUGACAACAAUGUUCAGUGCACUCAACAGCACCUUUACUUGGUCGCAUGACCUUUCCCUCUUCAUGAAUGUCAUUAAUGGAACCAUCAUCCUGUUGUUUGAAGACACAGCCAUCCUGCGCUUCUGUCUGGCAUCCCUUAUCAACACCUGUCGUCACUUCAAGCAUAUAUUUGCCACCAAUGGGUUCAUGUACAUUAUGCCCACACUGUUGCGAGUGUACAGCAACAACCAGCCCAACACUGUCCUGAAGCAGGCUAUCCACUUUGUGUGCCGCCAGUUCUACAUCUUGCAUCGCAAGCCAUUUGUGCUGCAGAUGUUUGGAAGUGUGGCUUCCAUCCUAGAUACCAGCUGUGCAGCAGGAGGGAUGUUGGACUGCAGUAAGGUACAGCCAGACAGCAUGUUCAAACUGUUGCUUGCCUUGGACAGGGAGUGCCCUGACAUACUGGGUGUGCUAGACCUCGUCCAGGGGGACAAACCUCUCAAAGCACUGGACUUUUGCUAUGAAGCUGAUCCAGAUACCUUCAGCAUGAUGGACACCAUCAACAUGUGUGUGACUGUCGUUGCCUACGCUCCAGACUCUUUCCGUAGCGUGCAGAUGUUGAUGAUCCUGGAGCUUGUCAUCCCUCGUUACUUGGAGCACCUGUGCCAAGAAACAACCCACAGGGAUAGUGUAAGCAUGGCCAGGUCAGAGGUUACAGCCAUCACCAAUAUUGCUGUAGCCCUUCGUGCCUUGAUCAGCUGCAGCGAAUAUUUUGCAAGGAGCAUGAGCCUGCCACAGAGGUUUAUGGAGUCAUCGAGUGUUGGCAAGCCUAUUCGCAAUCAUAGCAUGCAUUCUUUGACAGUUGACGACUGUGAAGAUUCUCACACCAGCCAUCGAAUGGAGGAGGGUCGGCGGCGACCACAUGGUGUUGACGCUGAAGAGUUUGAAAUGCGAGAAGAAUUCAGACACCCUCGGGAUCUGAUUCUGUCCAUUGCUGCCCAGUUCUGGACAACGUGUCAUGCACGCCUUCGGCAGUUGCGCAAGAUUUUGGGUGACCCCUCCUUCCGACCUCCAGAGCUUUUGGACCACAAAACUCACAAUCGCCUUGCAGAGAUUGCCCACACACUGCUCAAGCUGAUACCAUAUGACCCAUACACAAUCAGCUGUUCUGGACUCCAGAGAUACAUGCUGGAGAUACUACCCAACACAGACUGGUCACAGGAACUUGUUAGACCUGCUCUAAACCUAAUCUUGCGACGUCUGGACAGACUGUUCACCAAAAUUUCCAAGAAGAAUGCCCUUAAGCGGCAGAUAGACUGGGAAGCAGCUGCUAACAUUCUGAAAGGUGUCUUCCAGACUCUGAAGAAAUUUGCCUACAUUGCUUACUUACCUCACUUGAAGACACUGGUCAAUGUUUUGAUCUCCAUCCUUUUAUCCAGCAUGGGAGGGUUGAGCGUCUCAUUAGACCCCGGUCUGGGCACUCAAAGUACAAAUCGCACAGAAAGAUCCUCAUCACCAGAAGUUGCACCUGUGUUUUGCUCAGCUGUUAUCAAACUUGUGGCAAUGCAGAUGCAAGCUCUUGGGGAACACUAUUCUUUAGAAUAUAUUUGUGGAGGCCCUUCAGCUGUACAUCCAAGUGAUAAGCUUCUGGGGCUCCUCACAAACUUUGUCCUACCACUUUGCAUCCGUGUUGGCUGCGGCUGUCGUGACAUGCCUCAUCUGUAUCCUGUGGACAUCAAGUUUGUCUUAAAUGCAGUCACUAGUCUGUUGACCCCACAUCCUCCAGCGGCCACCAUGCAUAACUCCAGCACUAAGUCACACUAUGUCAACACAGAACGAAGUCGCAGCGGCAGCAUGUCAGCAUCUGAGAAGAUGGCACAGAAACUAGGGCAUGAAUUCCAUCACACUGCAGCUUUCAUUGGUUUAGAAGUACUAGCCGUGUGCUUCGACAAACAUCUUUCCACAGAGUGGCAGAGUGUGGCCAAGUGCAUUCAGGCUUUGGCUUCCAAGGGCAAAGUGGGUCUUCCUCUGUGGAAGUUUCUGGAUUUCCUGGUGACCCACAGACCAUCUCUGUUCCUAUUACUCCACACAUUCAUCAGGUUCAGGAUGAUGCGUGUGAACUGUGACACAGCCCAGGAGUACUACAUGCAGCAAACCAUCAAGGACAAGCUGCAAGGUUACAGUUAUGCAUAUCCCAAGUCCACAGCUACCAUCCUCAUCUCUAUGGCCCAGGAACUGAAGCAGCUGCGGGACAACAUGGCCGCUUGUGUAGCUGGUUAUCACUCAAGAACAGCCACUAUUGCCACAGACCACUCAGAGUUCUCCCAGACCCACCUGUCCGAUACUCAGCUGCCACCCAACCUAACUGAGCUUGCAGCUGAACUCAUUGGCCCAACUAAGUGCUCAUUUGGUCUCAAUGCUAAGAAGAAUAGUAGAGGAACAGUUUUCUCCCAGUCCAGCUCUGGUAGUAGUCCACCUGUCCAGAGUUUUACUGAGAAUAGGAACACCAUGGCACCUCCAGCUGACCUGCCAGCUGGACAGGGUAGCAAACGUAUCCUGCCUCAUGCAGGAAUCCUCAUCUUGGAGAAAUUUAUUAUGAAGAAAACAGCAAAUGAACCAUCUCCUACUGAGUGUGAGACUUUUGAAUCUCCACGGCUGCAGCGCCAGCCUACCAUCUGCUUGAGGGGACAUCUUUCAAAGCAAAACAGUCUUGACCGGGCUGCACCUGCAAAUGUUGCAUUUGAAAAUGAAGAAUGCGAAGCAGUCAAUGGAAGAGCCCGAGGACUGGAGUGCCCAGGUGAAGAGCAGAUCUCCUUUGAAGAUCCACGAGAACAUCGUCUUCAACGCCAGGAUGCCAGAAGUCGAAAGACCUUCAAGAUCAAGCGACAGAAGAGCAAACCGAAUGUGAGACGCUUUAUGUCUCAUCGGAGGCGUCCAGAUUUGGUGUCAGAUUCCGACAAGGGCUUUCCAGAAAACACACAAACAGCCGUUGUCUUCCAUGAUCAGAUCCAACUGCAUCGGGCAGGAGUUGCUGGCUUCAUCACUCGGUCCGUGGAGACAAUCCCAGAAUCAGUUGAAGCCAAGCCAAGUCACCCUCGUUUUGUGCCACGGUCUAAAUCGCACGAUGACCCCUGUGCUGACCCUGACCCUCGCCUUCCCGCUGGCUCCGCUAAGCUUGGGCACAGCUCUAAGCAGGAGGUGCACGUCCCAGCGUCUCGCUCGCCGUCACUCAGUCCAUGUGUCAGCCCCUCGUCCUCAUCCAAGCCUCCAGCCGCCACGCCCACAGCAGCAUCCCAAUCCUCGGCCACUGUGUAUGUUGUUCGCUGUGACUCCUCUGACUCCUUGAGUGCCACCGAGAGCUCGGCCUUGCUUAAAGGGGAAGACAAGAGCCAUUCGCUGAGUUCACUUUACUAUGCUGAUGAAGAUGUUCCUCUAGGGGGCAAAGUCUGAAAUGUGCAUUUAGUGACAGGUGGUUUUCUGUUUACCUUAUCCUGGAAAUAUUUUAUCGUACUUCAAGGUUUAUAUUUAUUGUUAGUCUUGGCUGAACUGUCAAGAGGAUCUUGUUAAUAGACUCAUGUAACUGUAUUUACUUCCUCCUGGAUAAUUACUAGACCAUCCUACUAGUGCAAUCUUUUCUAACAUUCACUGCAGUCCCUUUUGUUUUACAUCAUUAGAUUUUAAAAAAUACUUUCAAUGUGCUAAAGACAUUGACAGUGACAAAGUAAACUCUUUUCAUAUUUCUUCCUGUUUCACAAUCACAUUACACUAAGUAAAAAUCUUCAAGUUGUUGCUAAUCAAUGUUGAACAACCAGGGAAUGUACCUGUUUCGCCAAGCUUGAUUAUCAGGAGUCAAAAGUAGCAGUUUUAGGAAUAAACUAGCUUAUUGUGUGAUUUAAAACAGAAAACAGACACAUCAUUAAGGUCUACAUAUCCGGAGUAUGCUUGGGCUAUCAUGUUGACCAGUAUUCGUAUGAUACUAGUCAUGACCACGACUAUUUAUAGUUUAUACUUAACAUUGUCCGUUCUGGGCGCUCACAAAUAAUUUUAAGAAUGUAUUAUAGUACUAAAACUGAUUUGAAAAAAAAUUUAGGGUGUUAGAAAUGAAAUGCCUGUUUUGUGCAAGUGUGGUAGCAUACUACUGAUUAUUAUAUUUUGGAUUUUUUUCUAUCAUUUUGUUCUGUAAACUGUUAUUUAGUGUAUUUUGCUUGGUUAGGUUUGAAAUUUUGAUUGGUCCUCCUUGUGACACUGCAGUGCAGUGUUAGAAAAAUGUUGAACGGCAAAUAUUUAAUUAAAUCUCUAAGAUAUUUAAUACCGGAUCACAUGUACAGAGCUCUAGUCUUUCAAUAUUGGCAAGUAUUUGUUGUAAAAGAACUGUUACAUGGAUGAUGUAUCACCAUUUUCUACUAUCUGCAUUUAUAAUGGAGACCUGAUUACCCAGCAAAAUGGUAUUUUUGACAGAUAAAAGAGGGGUUUUUUUUAGGUCACAUUGUCACACAUGACAAAGCAACAAAGCAUGUAUUUCUGGGUCAUCAGUUCUGUGACUCUAUUCUCCUUGAAAUACCAAAGUUAAAUCUUAACUACUUGCUGAAGCCAAAUGAGAAAAUUUGAAGUCAAAAGCACGCAUUUGUGAUUUAUGAACGUUUCUUUGUUUUAAAAGCACAAUAGCCUCUCCAAAACUGUAAGAAGCAUGUCAGAAUCAUGCGGGUGUCCAGGUCUGAUAAUGCAGUGCCAAAAUUUGAAUGAAGAUUGAUAGUUUAAAUUUCAGUUUAAAAACACUGCUACACCCAUAAAUGAAAUCCAUUUUAUCUUCAGCAAUAGUUCUUGUAACAUUGUUUUUUAAAUUUUUAGUCAGCUUUUGACAGUGUUUACUGUAGAGGUGUUUUGCUUCUUUCUUAUCAGUUUUACGACUGGAAAUGCUGUGAUAGUGGUUAAGGAACGUCCCCUUCCCCCUCUUUAAACAAUGAACUGCUGUAAGAGCUAGAAACUACCCAUCCCUUUAAAAGAAGUGCAAUAUUAUGGGUCAUUCUACAAGGAAGUAAUUGUUGCAAUGUUUAAGGAAGAAUGUUUUCAAGGAACUGAAGCAAUAUACAAAUAAUUCUAAAAUAAACUGCUGUAAUGUUGACGAACACAUACUGAAGAAUUUGUUGUAGGGGUAAAAAAAAAAAAAAAUUCCUUAAGAGCACCACUUGCAAAAAAGUUUGGGUCCUAUGACAGCUCCAGGUAAAAAGCUUUUUGUAUGCAGUCUAUUAACAUGCAAUGAUGAUGAUGAUAAUACUGUAGUUUCUAGUUCACAUAAAGAAUGUUUCUUGUAU